AUGGCUUUCCAGAGGUCAAUUUCCGUUGAUUUUGAAUUAUGUGGAAAUGUUCAAGGUGUUGCAAUGAAACCUUACACCUAUGCAGCAGCUAACAAACUGGGAGUGGUUGGGAACAUGAUGAAUACAGAGAAGGGGACCAUCAGAGGAACACUACAGGGGAACAGGGGUCAAGUGGAGAGCAUGUCAGUGAGGAAGAAGGGACAGGCAGUGCUCAUGCAGUGUUUUCUAAACUUUCCUACUGUUACCGGUGCCUGCUGGACAGGAUCUCAGACAAGCCUCUCAUACAAAGACACGCCCGAAAAACAGUUCAAGGGAGUGUUGUAUGUGGUCCUUGGAAGUGGUAAGAGAUGCCUGGCCACCAAGAGAAGCUGGGAGGUGAUUGGUCAGUUAUGGCCAGCCAUUGUCCAGGCCCAGCAAUCAGAGAAGCCAUCAAUUUUACGGGUCGUUGACGACAUCAUAGCUAAAGUCAGCAAGAAUCUGGAAAGUCCAGGAAUUGAAAUCAAAGUAACCUCCAGCUGUUUGGAAGCUGCCCAGAAGUUACUGUCCUCUGGUGUUCCUGUAUCUAAUCCUAACACACUGACUGAGGGGGCCGACCGGUGGGGGGAGGAGUUCCAGAACGAGUGCAAUGAGUCCAACAACAGGAUGUAUGUAAAAAUCGUGGAAGACCUUGUGGCAUUAGUGAAAGGUGGAACAUUGAUGUGGAAGUUCAGUCAGUACGCUGUAGAACUGUUAACACUAUUACUGAGACAUGAUGUACCCACGCCCCCUGUAGCCGUGGAACUCUUUGUCUCCAACCUCAUACAUGACUCCUUAUACAUCAGAAAGCUGUCAACAGCCUCUGUAUCAGCCAUUCUGAAGCAACAGAAGAGAAAACACAAGAAGGUGGUGGUGGACCCCUACCGUAGUGCCCCACCCCCUCCAGCGGGUACCUUCCUCCCCGGGAAUCGUCCGGAUAACGACUGGAUCAUGUACGACUCAGGCCGACUUCCAGACAAUCAGGAGAAAUGGGAGGCCAUGGAAUUUGUGGAUAAAACUCACUGGGGAUACUACUGCUGGCCAAGAGAAAUGAAAAUUUAUGCCCAGUAUUCAGAGCAGCCAAAACUAGAUCGUCUAGAAUCAGAACUGUUAGAUAUAGAAAAACCUAUUUAUGUGAAACUGAGUGACUCUGAGUUUGUGAAAAAGUUUAUAGCAGUGCUUAGUUUAGAAGAGCACAAAGGACGAGAUAAAUUCAGGAACAAACAUUUAACUCUAUUCAAGGGUCUGUUUAGGAACUACGGUGACACGUUCCUCCCCCACUUCAGACACCACAUCGUGGAGCUACUGUCCGACAGGACCCACGAGCACCACGAAAGUAAACAGAGGUGUGGCAUGGAGAUCUUAGCUGGGGUCAUACGCGGCUCCAAACACUGGCCAUAUGACAAGGUGAAUGCCCUUUGGGACUGGGUGAUCCCCAUUCUGAGAACCUCCCUAGAUAACAUUACCAGUGAGACACUUAAGGACUGGGGGACGUUCUUCACCGUCGUGUCCGAGAGUCGAGAUCCCAGAAGAUUGUAUCGAUUCUUUGAGAUGCUCAUGGAUAAACCUAUCAGGGAGGGAUCUUCUUCUUUUGAGGACUCCAGCCGUCUUUUUGCUGUACAGAAUGCUUUAGUACAACAGGAAUGGAGGGUACCAGAACUCCUCCAUCGUCUGUUAGAGUUUCUGACACCCUACCUCUCCCACAGGUACAAGAACGUCAGGGACAGGAUUGGAAGCCUUCUGUCCAACAUCAUGUUGUAUGACUACAGCAUCACGGCAGGUUCCUCCACUAAAUCUCCACACAGAGUGGACUUUGUCCAGAAAGUGAUUCCACGACUGGAACCACUCAAAGACCUGGUGCUAUCAGACAAUGGAAACAAUGGCAGCUCAAAGGAUGAGGAGAACCACAGAGAGAUGUCUUCCUCGUUGGAGAAGAUGGAGGUGGAAGAUGAUGAGGAUGAAGAGAGGAAGACAACCAUAAGGCUGUGUAAAACAGUGCUGAAGUGGAUAUCUGAUGGACUAGGUAGAAUGUUUACCUCAACUACACCAGAGCUUUUCCUUUUUCUUCCAGUAAUCUGCACGUUAGAGAGUGAGACUAAAGAUGAGGAACUGAAGACUGACUGUUCUAUGGCCCUGGCAUGCUUCUCUCAGGCUCUGAUUCAGGAGAACAAUGUCACAGUGUGUCUGGAGACCAUCAGAGAGGUGAUGGGACUGAAGUCCUGGCAUUCCCGUGUACUGAUCCUCGGCUACAUCCAGGUCAUGGUGUUCUGUAACCUCUUUACCAUGAUCCAGACAAAGUACAAAAAGGAAAUCCAGAACUUUAUACUCCAUCUCAUCUGUGAUGACCAAGUAGAGGUGAGAGAGAUGGCAGCCAUAACAUUGAGUGGAUUGGUACAUUGUGGAUUUCUAGACAUGGACAAAGAUAUGCUGGAACACUUUGAAGUCCUUAGUAAGAACAAGGUGAAAAAGCGUAAGUUAGCGGACUCGAUGCCUCUGGAGGCCCUUAUAAAGCGUCACGCUGGUGUCCUGGGUCUCAGUGCUCUAGUGGAAGCCUAUCCUUACAAUGUACCCGAGUUCAUGCCACAGAUCUUAAUGGACCUUAGUAACCAUGUCAACGACCCUCAACCAAUUCAGAUGACUGUGAAGAAGACUUUAUCAAACUUCCGUAGGACACACCACGACAAUUGGCAUGAUCACAAACAAAUGUUUACAGACGAUCAGCUGGUCAUAUUAACUGAUAUUCUAGUGUCUCCUACUUACUACGCUUGACGACGGAUCACUCCUAGAAAUAUUACAAACCAAAGUGUAUGGACCUAACUAGGAACAGCUCAGUCAUAG